AUGCAAACCACAUUUUUCACUUGGGAAACUACAAGAUCAAAUCAGCCGCAAAAGUCCCAUCGUCGAGAUCCCUGUGAUGAUGCUCUUUUUUGGGAAAUUCUCAAGCGAAACAUUCAAAUUGUAGCUUUUCAACAUGGUCAACUGCUCAAGAUGUACUAUAAGGUAAAACAGUUGGUAGAAAGAUCAUUUUUAUUAUGUUAUCUGUAUGCGCUAGUCAUUUGGAGCCUUUUGUUGUUUGAAAUUCUGAAAGACGGCUUGUCGAUGCUUACCUUCAUAAGCUGUGGAGCUAUGUUGGGUUCCAUUAUGAACACUAUUUCGUGCUGCUGGUUUGUGGACGCCUUUCAUGAAAUGCAUGAUAAUCUAGCACUUACCAUAUUUGGAUUGAUGACCGAAAUCCCUUACUCGGCAAAAUAUCGCCGAGAUUAUACUCAAGUCCGUUCAACCUUGUUAAUGAUGCACCAAAAUGCUACCAGAGGACCGAUUCUCACAUGUGGAGGACUUUUCAUCAUUGAGCUCACUGUCAUCACGAGAUUAGUUCAAAAAACUUAUACAUUUGUUGCCUUUUUGUUCGAUGUCAUAUAAUAUGACAAUUUAGAUAUCUGACUAUGCUCAUCAACUUUUUUAGCGAAUUCCUACACACAAAAAAAAUUAUGAGGUAUCGAAAAUUAGUCCAAUCUAACGUGGCACGAGAACUUCUUUUGAUUUUUUAGUAUCUACAUAUGUAUUAGGAUUGUCCGAAUACACAGUCAUGUUUUUCAAAUCAAAACCUGGGUGCUGAAAUCGUUCUAUGGCUUUUCAGUAGGCGCCAUGCCAAAUUUCAGAUGAUUUGGUUCACUUCAAGGAAA